UUUUUUUUUUUUUUUUUUUGGUUUUUGCAAGCAAUGGGGAGCAUAGUGCCGUUUUUGGGGAUGGUGAUGGCAGUUUUGGCUCAAGCAAGUGAUAUGGUAAUUAGCAAAGCAGCGAUGUCUAAAGGGAUGAGCAGACAUGUACUUCUUGUGUACUCUUAUGCUCUCUCUUCUCUUAUCCUUCUUCCUAUAUCCAUUUUCUCCCACAGAUCAGAUCUUCCCCCACUCUGUUUUCCUCUCCUCUCAAGUUUUUUCUUGCUUGCCUUAAUUGGAUUUUCUGGACAGGCUUUAAACUAUGCCGGUGUACAGUUCAGUUCUCCUACUCUUUGCACAACCAUGCUCAACCUCGUCCCAGCUUUUACUUUCAUUUUUGCCCUCCUUUUCAGGAUGGAAAAGCUAGACUUGAAGAGCUCAAGUAGUUUAGCUAAAUUUAUUGGAACUGUGGUAUCAAUUAGUGGGGCAUUUACUGUGACCUUCUACAAGGGCUUACCUCUCAUUAUCAUGCCCUCAUUUGAUGGCUUGAAUCAUCAAUUACUACUUUCAGAAGAAGGAAAUUGGAUCCUUGGAGGAUUUCUCUCUGCAACUCAUGCUAUGAUGAUUCCUACCCUCUCAUUAUCAUGCCCUCAUUGA